CUUUGGACCUUUUGUGUGCUUUUGUGAACUAAAAUCUAAAAACAAUCUGCUGCUACACUGACAAUUUAUGACUUGUGGGUGUCUAAAAUGCUAUAAACACUCUGAGUCACGUACUUGCAUUAUGUCAGACAGAUAAGGCAUCACACCCACGGUGCUUACACACACCCACAUGCAAGGUUGUGCAGCUCCCUCUGACAAUUUUGUGAAGUAUAUGAACCCUAGCUGCUGCUUCUAUUGGCCAGAGCAAAACUGGACAAAAAAAAGUAAAUAUCCUCCAGCAGUAGUGGAUUUGAUGCCAGCUGUGUAAAUGGCUUCUAUCACAAUAAUAAAUCAUUAACCUUUUGGUCAGCAACUAUGCUGUUCCCUUGAAAGCCAAAUCAGGCCAAGCAAGAAGCAAAAUAGUCCCGCUCCUAUCAAUGAAAUGUCAUUUUCAGACUCUAACAUUUUGCUAAGCAGUGCAGCAGAGAAGCUGGAGCGCAUCCUGCUCUCAGACUAGAUAACACUCGCACUUCCCACUACUGAAUGAGAAGGUGGGAAAUCGAGUGGUGAGAAGACAAAAAGGACACACAGCUCCUUUUUUCGUGAGACGCUAGAGGGCAUUUUUCACCUGGCACAUCUCUUAAUGGAACAAAUGUGGACUCAUCAGGAGCAGCCGAGCAGGGCAUGGCUUUAAGCAGACUCCUGCUGCUCUGUGUGGUAGCCUCUGAGGUGUGGGACGCAGAGACCAAAUCCAGAGAGUUUGUGUGUAAUAGAGUUGCCAGGCGGGCUUUGAAUAUUGUGCCAGAGAUGAACAGCGCGCUGAGUGACUGUAACGGAAUGAUGACCCUCUGCACACCCGUUCAGCUACCCUGCACCGAGCUUCACAUAGCAACCUGGGAAAACAAAUCAGAUCAGGAGAAGAGAGGAGACAUAGUUGCAUCCUUGAGGCUUCUUGUUGAGGGUGUAAAGGUUGUAAGAGCCCCAAUACAGGCAAGAUGUGAAGCCACAUUACUGCAGAGACUGGAGAACAACAUCAACAACUACCUGCUCAUACUCACACGCCUUCAGCUGAGUGGGUCAGUGAUGUCUCCUACAUUGUCUUGUGUUCCUCGAAGCACCCAAAGUCUGAGAGCAGUCCUGCUGAGCUACAGCCAACUGAUCUCAGGCAAACUGGAGCGGUUCAUGGUUAACCUGGAAGACACAUGCACCACCCAGUGACAAAAGGACACUUCUUUACAAAUGGGUGUUGAAGUCAUCACUUCUGGAGCCCCAAGCCAGAAAUAUAAGAAGUGCAUCAAAGCAAAAACAGCAGGAUGGAACUAUAUCUCCUCCCUUUUUUCAAAAUUCUCAUUUGUGGACAGUCAGCUUUAGUGCUGCGUGAUGUGUAGGCUUACCCAAAAGUGUAAAUACAUCAUUCUCUGCUAGUAAAGCUGAAUAAGCACAGAGAAAGGAAGCAAUAUACCAUCUGUGAUAGGCAUCAGAGAUAAAUUAACGUAUCAUAGUGAAGUGACUUUUGUGUCAAUUGACAUGAAAGAAGUGAUGCUUUAAAAUUGAUUGUCGGCCUGUAACAUCAAUAAAAGCCAGUAUGAUUUCUUAUGUAGCCACGAGCAACUUGAUCAAGUCUCCAGUUUAUGUCCAACUUGAUCAUCUUCCCUCAGAGGUUGUUGCUCAGCUUGAUCAUGUGGCCAGAAGCAAAACCUCAGCUUGGUUGUUUGGAUUCACAUUUUUAUGCAAGAUUUGUUUUGCUCCUUCAUCAGUGAUUCAAUGGUUUUGCAAAGUAGGCAUUAUGCUAAUACUCCUCGAAAGUCCUUGCAUGUUAACUGAAUUAAAAAUAAAAUCAUGCAUAUAAAGGCA